AUGCUUCGUGGCUGUCGCUUUAUCCAUACUUCCAGGGUCUCUUUCCAUGAAAACCCUUUGGGCCUUCCGAAAGUUGGCAAGGCUCCAGAGAUACCUCGCAUGUCCCGGGGACUUCCGAUCAAGCAGAAGAUCCCUAAUGUCAGGAAGGUUGUUCUUGUGUCUUCAGCCAAAGGUGGUGUGGGGAAAUCCACUGUGUCAGUGAAUACGGCACUUGCACUCCAGAAACUUGGGAGGUCCACGGGGAUUCUCGAUGUGGACAUUUUCGGACCUUCAAUUCCCAAACUUCUUCAUCUUAGCGGUGAGCCUCGUCUCUCAAACAAUGGAAAAUUGCUUCCAUUGGCUAAUUUCGGCAUACCGUCCAUGUCUAUGGGGUAUCUCGUUCCACCAGAAAAUGCUGUGGUUUGGCGUGGACUUAUGGUGAUGAAGGCGCUUCAGCAACUCCUUUUUGAGGUUGAGUGGCCCAAUUUGGACUAUUUGGUGGUGGAUAUGCCUCCUGGAACCGGUGACACGCAACUCACUAUAAGUCAGCAGUUGAAAGUGGACGGUGCAGUGAUUGUGUCGACUCCUCAGGACAUAGCUCUAAUUGAUGCAGUGAAAGGAAUUGCUAUGUUUGAGAAGGUCAAUGUGCCGCUUCUUGGACUUGUGGAGAACAUGAGCUAUUUCGUGUGCCCUAAUUGUAGCCAUGAAAGUCAUAUUUUCGGGUUUGAUGGAGUGAGAAAGGAAGCCAAAAAGCAUGGCCUAGAGGUUUUGGCAUCCAUUCCUUUGAAUGCAAAGAUCUGUGAGCAAUCUGACUUGGGGAAGCCCGUGGUUCUUGCUGAUGAAGUACUUGCAAAACCGUAUUUGGAGGUAGCCACAAGUAUAAUUCGUCAACUUGAGUGA